UCAAUAAAAGUAAAUGAAUGAACAAAUGUUAUUUUGAAGAUAUAUUUGGAUUAAAUUCUGUAUUUAUUGGGAAUUAAUUGAAGGAUUACGGCCCAACAUAAAUAGGUAGGUCAUGUUGGUUUUCUGCACUGUCUCUACGGAGUGAAGGAGGGGUCAUUUUUGGGCUUCAGGAGAAAUGACGUUGGAUUUUAUAAAAGCAGGGUACGAUUUACUGAUUUAUUUACAGAAUUUACAGAAUUUACAGAAUUUACUAUACUUCAGACUUUUUGGAUAUCUCCUUGAAUCUUCAAUCAUAUCCAAUCAUCUCUCUUACCUAUCCCUUAAUAAAGGUUUCUACAAAGACAAACAAUCAAUAUCCACCCUCCCCUCCAUACAUACAUACCACCGUCCCUCUCACACAAUGACAACCCCUAGAGUCUUCGUAAUCCGUCACGGCGAAACCGAAUGGUCUCUUAAUGGUCGCCAUACAGGUACCACCGAACUGCCUCUUACGGCCAAUGGAGAAAAAAGAAUUCGUGCAACAGGACGAGCAUUAAUCGGUGAUGAUCGAUUGAUUGUUCCUAGAAAUUUAGCUCAUAUGUAUGUAUAUUUCAUCCUCUUUCUCGGAUCUCAAAAAUUCAUCCUUUCCAAAUAGUCUGCCUCCACGGCAGUGGCUCCCGGAGGGCCAGUGGAGCGACAUCCAUUGAAUGUCUAAGUUGAUAUUAAUGGGGGCAAGCCCCCAGACCCCCAUUUGCUCGCUGCGCUCGAAUAUUGCCCUUUUUGUUCAUAGAUUUGAGACAUCACUCAAAACAAGAUAGCCUCCAGUUCUGACAACCACACAGUUAUGUAUCACCUCGGAAGCGCGCACAGAGAACUCUUGAACUUCUUGAAGUAGGAUGUGCUGAGAAGCUGCCAUGGGAAGAGCAACGAAAACAUGCUGAAUCUGGUGAGCACACUCAGUUCCUUUACAUCGCCCUCUUGAUCCAAACAUCAUUUCAUAUACUCUACGAUCCUUUCCCUAUUUCAAUUCCAAUCUUCACCUAAACACUUCCAAAAAUAAGCAAAAAACCACUCCCUAACCCAAUACCAAGGAAUUCGCACAUCAGCCAAAGUAGAAAUAACCCAAAACAUCCGCGAAUGGGACUACGGAUCCUACGAAGGCAUAACCUCCGCACAAAUCCGAUCCGAUCGCAAAGCAGCCGGACUCCCCGAAUGGGAUAUCUGGCGAGACGGCUGUCCAGACGGAGAAUCCCCCGAACAAGUCACCGAAAGAAUCGACGCUCUCAUCUCAGACAUCCGAACCAAAUACCACGGACCAGUUAUUGGGAAAAGUAAAAAAGAGGCUGGACCAAGUGAUGUAUUAAUCGUAGCUCAUGGACAUAUUCUCCGAGCGUUUGCGAUGAGAUGGGUAGGUAAGACGUUGAUGGAUGGACCUACGUUUUUACUUGAGGCGGGAGGUGUAGGUACGUUGAGUUAUGAACAUAAGAGUUUGGAGGAACCGGCUAUUUUACUUGGGGGAGCGUUUAUGGUGGAUGUGGUGGAGAAUUCGGCAAGUGAUGAGAGGGGGAGGGUGAUUGAGGAGGAGAAGAGGAAGGAGGGGAAAUAAGCGAAGGGUAUUUUUUUCGGUUAGGGGGGAUAGGAAUAAAAUAGAUGGUUUUAAAAAGAUUAAUACAGAGGAGUAUUUUUAAAUAUAUAGAUUUUAUGAUCAUGAUCCGG